AGCUUCUUGUGGAUCGAACUUAGGUAGCUAGCUUAAUUUUAGCUUUUGUAUUUGACGGAAUUAACAAAAAAAGGUUUUUUGCAGUUGCGGCUUAAGUAUAUUAGUGGCUGAAGGAUGAGUUACAAUAAUUCAAAUUAUCCACCACCUCAAGGUGACCCUCAAUACCAGCAGUAUCAGCAGUAUCCUCAGCAGGGAGAUUUGGAAAAUCAACCAAAUGGUUAUAGUGAAAAACCACAACCUUCUCAAGAUUUUGAUGAUUCUUUUAAAGUAGAUAAACCAAAAUUUAACGAUUGGCCAUUUGCAAUUUUCUUUUGGUUGGUUGUUUUUGGUUUUAUAGCCAUUGCUGGGAUUACUUUGAAUGCUUUAAAGAAAACGUAUGGUCAACAAGGGUCUUCAAUCUAUAACUCAACCAAUUCUUUCACUCUUAAUACCAAUACCGUAAUUUUAUUUGGUUUUGUUAUUGUGGUUGCUGUUGUUUUAUCAAUUGCAAUCAUUGUUUAUGCUAGAUUGGCCCCUAGAAUCUUUAUUACAAGUGCUCUUAUUCUAAAUAUUAUUUUGGGGUUAGGUACUUGUAUUUAUUAUUUUGUUGCUAAAUAUUGGUCUGCUGCAAUUGUGUUUUUGGUUUUCACUUUAUUUACUGCUUAUUGUUACUGGAGUGCUAGACAUCGUAUUCCUUUCAGUGCCACUUGUUUAGAAAUCAUCAUUGAUGUUAUGAGAAGAUAUCCUUCUACUUUAAUUACUUCAUUUUUUGGGGUAAUCAUUAGUGGAUUAUUUAGUACCCUUUUCUCAGUUGUUAUCGUGGCUACUUAUGUUAAAUUUGAUCCUAAUUCCGAUAAUGAAGCUUGUUCUGUUGGUGGGGGGUCUUGUAGUAAAUCAAAAUUGAUUGGUGUUUUAGUUUUUGUCUUUUUCGCUGGUUAUUUCAUUUCCGAAGUUAUUAAAAAUGUUAUUCACGUUACCAUUGCUGGGGUUUUCGGUACUUGGUAUUACUUAUCAGGUUCAGAUCAAGGUGAACCAAAACAUCCUGCUUUGGGUGCUUUGAAAAGAGCUUUAACCUAUUGUUUUGGUUCAAUUUGCUUUGGUUCUUUAAUUGUUUCAAUUAUCCAAUUGAUUAGACAAUUAAUUCAAAUCUUAAAACAAGAUGCUUUUAAUCAAGGUGAUAUGUGUGCCGGUUGCGGUUUAUUAAUCUUAGAAUUUGUUAUUAGAUUAAUUGAUUGGUUAGUUCGUUAUUUUAACCACUACGCUUAUUGUUAUGUUGCUUUAUAUGGUAAAAGUUAUAUCAGAUCUGCUAGAGAAACUUUCGACUUGAUUAGAUUCAAAGGUAUGGAUGCUUUAAUUAAUGAUUGUUUCAUUAAUACUUCAUUACAUUUAUAUUCAAUCUUUGUUGGUUAUUUGGUUGCUUUAUUAGCUUAUUUAUACGUUAAAUUAACAAAACCUGAAUAUAAUUCAAAUGGUGGUUAUUAUGCUCCAGUGGUUGCCUUUUCAUUUUUAAUUGCUGGUCAAAUUACUAGAAUUUCAACUACAGUAAUUGAAUCUGGGGUAUCCACCUUUUUCGUCGCUUUAGCCAAAGAUCCAGAAAUCUUCCAAAUGACUAAUAGAGAUAGAUUCGAUGAGGUUUUCCAUAAUUAUCCUCAAGUAUUACAAAAACUUACUGCUGAUCAUUAAGCAGCUUUUCUC